AUGCCUCGUUUCAUUCGAUGGUCAGUCUAUCUUUGUCCGUCGCAAAGGACUAUGCAGUACCGUGCUGACAAAGGUAAAAGGGAUGCCCCCGGGGUCGAAAUAGAGCAGCCCGGUGAGAAAGACACCAUUAAGGCUGUGGCGGAACAGUUCAAGCGAUUCCAAAUGAUGAAUUUCAACGAGCAUCACCAUUGCUGGCGAGGAACUCACCUCAAAACUCACGGUUGCGUUGUCGGCAAAUUUAUCGUCAAAGAUGAUUUGCCUCCUCAUCUGGCCCAGGGCAUGUUUGCCAAACCUGGCACGUACGAUGUCAUUAUGCGCUACUCUUCGCUCCCACCCAAGUUGAUGCCUGACAAUAUCCCCGCGCCUCGUGGGAUUGGGAUGAAAAUAUUCGGCAUCGAGGGGGAGAAGUUCUGGGGCGAGGAUAAGAAAACGCAAGAUUUCACGCUCAACAAUUAUCCGAUCCUUGAGCUUCGCGAUGCCCAGACAACUUACGAAAUUGCAGACUCUAUUGAAAGAAAUUGGAAUGACUCGGCGCAACUUGCAAAGGAAUUGUCAGAACGGACCGACGCUGAGGUGGCCUGUGCGCCUACCAAGAUUCCUCGACAGCAUAUGGUAGCUAUGCCCGAGUACUCACAGUCGGCAUACCGCUUCGGUGACUACGUCGCAAAGUUUGGUGUCUUCCCUCUCGGCGAGGAGCAGAAGGAGAUGGAAAGCACCUAUGUCAAGGACAAUGAUGCCAUCAAUGCAAUCUCCCAAGAAGUGCGCGAUUUCCACUUGAAGCACCGGGUCACCUAUUCCUUUUGUGCCCAGCUUCUCCAGGACCUCAACGAGCAGCCAGUAGAGGAUAUUGGGGUCGAAUGGGAUUCAAAGAAGUACCCGUUCGAGCAGAUCGCAACACUGGUGUUUGAGCCCCAGGACAGCUGGAUCCCCAAGUUCCGUACCUGGUGGGACGAUAGAAUCACCGUCAACUCCUGGCAUGGCCUCAAAGUCCAUCAGCCGUUGGGGUGCACGAACCGCCUGAGACGCGUCGUUUAUGCCGAAUCAAGAAAGCUUCGCAUGCGCGUGAAUGGUUACAAGGAUUACAUUGAGCCCAGUUGCUUGGAAGAUGUGCCAGUGCAGGUGUGA